UUCUAGCCCCUCAGAUCAGGGAUCCGGGCAAUCUAACAUUAUUUGGAUUUUAGUCCCCUGCCUUGCGCUCAUCAUUGUUGUCGUCCUUGUCGUCUUUCUCUGGUAUUGUUGCAGAGGUCAGACACAUGCAUGCAAUAUGGCUUGCUGCAACAGUACCGCCAUUCAGAACCCGAACAGGCAACAGGACCAAGCUGCUGAAGCCCCAGAAAAUCCACCUCCCUACACGUUUCUACCAAAUGGGGGUCUGUCUGCUGGAACUGGUGGCCAUCAUCAAAAUGGAACCUCUGCUGCUCCUGGCAAUGGAAUCUCAAAUCCCAGGCGAGAUAGAACCCCCUGGUGAUAGUCCAAGUGCAGUUCCUGAUGUUCCUGGAAAUCAAAUCGCUGGUGACAGUCCAAAUGUAGUUCCUGGUACUCCUGGAAAUCAAAUUCCCAGUGAGAGUCCAAAUGGAAUUCCAGGCUCUCCUGGAAGUGUUGAUACUGGGGCUCCAGCAAAUCGAAUUCCUAAUGCCAGGCCAAAUGAUGAAGAGGAUGAAAAUGGAGCAAAUGGUUCACGUAGGAGUUCCAUCUCAGAGAGACCAAGUCCUACUGGCACUGCUUAUACGUCAUCCAGAUCCUUGGCGAGCAGUCCUGAUUCACUGAACAGUCAAGACGACACUUCUGAUCAGUUUUUACUGCCGGGCCCCUUGAUGUCAGAGGGCACAAGCUUGAACCUGCAAACACAAGAACUCAGAUCUACGGACCCGGAGGAAACAAAACGGAAAAUGCCAAUCCCAGCUCAGGAUAUAGGCACUGGUUCUGAUGACAACGAAGAAUCUCAGGGACUGCUGGGUGGAGGUGAAUGUGGCCUGGUAGAGCUCGACAAUGACAGAGACUUAUCACAUGUACCACUUGUACAUUGAACUGUUGCGAUGAUGUGUGAUGCUGUAGUUGACCGAGGACACACCUGUUACGUAGAGAUGAUUGUUUUGUCAGUAUUAAUAUUUUAAUAACCUUUUUCAGACUUUUUUGGUCUUUUAGAGAGUAUUAAGUUUGUUUUGUAAAAUGUUCAAAUGUUGAAAAACAGCACACUAAAUUAAGAAAAGUUAUGGAAUCAAUUUCUUUACUAUACGAUCAAAUUAUUGUAUUGCUUGACAAUGGUGUAAGGAUAUAUACCGAAUUGUAAGUUUACAGUACAGAGAAGUUGGCAAUUGUUGAACGACAGUCUAGAAGUUGGUGAGUAAAAAUGAAGCAUACAGCUUUUUGGAUAACAACUUCUUGUUAUUGCAUAGAGCGACAUGUCAGUGUAGAUUCUUACACCGUUACCAAGGUAACGUGAUAAACGGGAGGAGUUUAUUCUAGCUUCAAUCAAAGAAUCAGUGAAGAAAUCUGUCUGGAUUGUCAAAGAAAUUGUCAACUUCUAAGAAAUUCCUUUCAUAGAUUUCUAAAACAGCUGAGCUGGGCUCGCUUGUAUUCAGUGGA